AAACAGUCGCGCGCUCAGAGGACAAACAUGGCGGACUUCUCGGAGAGGACGCUUCAAGUCGCCGUGGUGGUUUCUUUUGCCGUGGGCUUCUUGUCGGGCUGGCAGGCGAACAGAAUGAGGAGGAAGUUUCUGGACUGGAGGAAGAAACGACUUCAGGACAAACUGUCAGAAACACAGAAGAAGCUGGACUUAGCCUGAUGACUGUGAGGCUGCUGUCUCCUGGCUGUCCUACAUAUCUGUCCUGUGUCCCACGCCUGAAGAGACUUCAUAUUUUUGCCAAGAAGAUUCAAGAGGAACUUGAAAGAUCAGAAGCUCCUUUCUGUUCGUGCAUGCAUUUAUAUGG